GGGCAGGAGCCACGCACGCAACACGUAAGAGUGUAUUCGCAAAUCCUCUCGCAAAUCGAUCGCGCGAACUCCGCUCGUUGCUUGAGUGAAACCUGCUAGUGCGUAAUAACCCACACCCCGUGUCGAGUAGGGUUUUGUCGCAGGUGAGUGAGAGGAAAGGAAGGCAAGACCCCACACACACACACACACACACACCUUAGGAUGAGCAAGCGACUGGAGACCGUGGCCACGAUGACCUGCAUGAAGACCCUGUUGAUGCUCUUCAAUUUCAUCUUCUGGGCGUCUGGGGUGCUGAUGCUAUGCAUCGGCAUAUGGAUGCGCAUCCAGCUGCGGGAUUACAUGAACAUGAGCGUGCAAGGCAGCGGGGCCGCUCUGCUGGCACUCGCGAGCUUAGGCGCGGUGCUGGCGGUCGCGGCGGUCCUCGCUUGUUGCUGCACCGCGCGCGGCCAUCCUGCUCUGCUGUAUCUGUACGGCGCGUUCCUGGCCGUCGUGGCUCUGCUGGAACUCGGCGCGGGCGCGUCGGUCUACGCUUAUCGCACGAGCCUGAACGAGGGAUUCGAUCAGGGUCUGAACGAGAGCAUGGCAGCCUACGGGCAGGACAAUUCCAAGAGCACUCACAUCGAUACGAUGCAAUCGACUCUGCACUGCUGCGGCAACCGCGGGUACACCGAUUGGCUCCACCUGGACCCGCCGAAGGACGUUCCCUAUUCCUGCUGCAAGGUGCCCCAGGAUAAGUGUGACCCGCUGGACGAAGAGGAAAUUUACACCGAGGGAUGCUACAAUCUCGUGCUGGACUUCAUAAAUAGCAACAUCGGUCUGGUGGCCGGUACGGCGAUCGGCGUAGCCUUUUUCCCACUGGUCGGUAUCUUCUUAGCGUGCUGCCUAGCCAGCAACAUCAAUAAGGCCGAGUACGAGCAGGUCGCUUAGGCACGGUACUUGCGUAAGCAGCAACGACGGUCCUACCAGAAGACGAAACCUGCAUCGCUGGCGCUAACGUUAACAUACAUGAUUUAAUGGGAACACAGAAAUGAUCUCGAUCGAGGCAAGCGCGUCUUACCAUUUCGGUUUUAAUGGAUGAUUUUGGUACAAAAACGUGAUAAAAAUUCACAAUACAAGGUCCACUUGUAAUAUGAAGUCACAUCUAUACAUUGGACCUUGUAUCUGCCCAAAUAGCACAUGUGAUCGUAAUGAACUUAAAAAUGAUUCACUUUUUAAAAGUCUUCAUGAGUUAGGGGAAUUUACUCAAAAUGAACUCCAAAAGAAUUUCUCACCGGUGCGAAUUCUUAUAGAGCGUAAAAAGAUUUCCGUCUGUAUUAAAAAAGAGCUCAGAAUGGAUGACAUAAAAGCGAAUUUGUUUUUAACCAAGAAUGUUUUCGGAGCAAAAAUGGGGUGGAAAAUGAAUUUAUUUCAUGAUUCGUAAAUUCAAAAGGAAGUUUUUUUUUUUAGAUUCUCUGUGCUAUCUGGGGAAUUGUGUAUUUACGAGUACAUUAUUCUUGCGUCAAGCCUUUUAAUUUUUAUUUAAGCGCUCACUUAAAAUUCACACCCAUGUUUUCUGAUUAUGAAUAAUUCUAAUCAAAAUGAAUACAAAUCGAUUUUGUUAUAUCGAGUUAUGUUCACGUGAUAUCGUUAUAUAAGAUAUUACAUUUCUUCAUACAUUUGAAAAUUAAAUGAAGAUCAUCUUAAAAAAAAAUUGCACUUCAUAUAACAAUUAAAAAUAACAUAUACGGAUCUUGAUAUGCUACUUAUGUUCUUCUAAGCAACACGUCUAUAAGUUAGCAACAAAUUAGUAGAGGAGAAUAAGAAAGCGAAACAUACUAGUUUGGAACUAAUCGUCUCUUUCGUUUGGAUUUUUUACUUCGAAAUAUGGUAGUGAAGAAAAUGUAUAGUAUGAUUUACGAAAAAAAUGCAAAGUUAAAGAGUGUACGAUAUUUAAAUCGUUGAAUACAUAACGACGACAUGUUCCUUUAUACGAGAGGAUUAAUUAUUAUAACAUUAUAGAAAGAUUAGCAUUUUUAUGGGUCGUCAAUAAAAAUAUAAACUUGAUUAUCUUUUCUCUCUUGUAUCUUUGAAACUGUCUAAUCGCGUUCACUAUUUACACCGUACGAACUGAAUAAAUUUCUAUCUGAAUAAACCGAGUUCUAAAACUCGGUGAAAGUCAAUGAUAUAUACAUACAUAUAUCCAGAGAGAAAUGCGCGAUGAUCACGUUUCGUCACUGUGUGAUUGCAUAUUCCAAUUUCAAUUUAAUGCUUUUUGUAAAGAACAUUACGCGAGUAACAUUACAUAAGCGUAAGAUGCACACUGAGAAGAAAAAGUUAUUGAAACGACUAAAUACGUUUAGUCGGCAGUAUUUCUUUAGUUCAAAUGUAUAUGGUUUUUUUUUAAGUUAAACAUACAGUGCUGUAUCGAAACAUAUAUUUUUAUGAAUUGACGAAUAUUUUUCGCGAAUUGAUAAAUAUUUGCUUGGCAGCCCGUGAUCGCCGCAUAUAGCUGAAUUAAGAAAUAUUUCUUGAUUUAACACUUUUUCUUCUCAGCGUACACAAAUGAUGUACAAAUAUGUCGAGUUUUAUUACUAUAAUGUUAUUAGAAGGUAAUAUUUUUCUGUAUCAUCACAUGAACGACACCUGAACAGCAUUUUUGUAUGCAUUUCUGAGAACAUAGUACGUCAAUUUAACGCUACAUGGCAUCAUUUUUCUAUCUGGGUAUAUACACAUAUAUAUAUGUGUGUGUGUGUGUGUAUAUAUAUAUGUAUAUAUGAAGAUAGAACAAAAUGCAAGAGAUAUGUCGAUAAUGUGAAUUGUUAUUUUUAUCAAUGGAAUCACAACGCGAAGAAUAGUUUGCGAUAGAGUUUAUUUCGCGAAUACCUGCUUAUGACAACGAUGGUGCGAAAAGUAAAACAAACCUCUACAUUUUUUGAUAUCGUCCUAUGAAUCUUUAGAUGUGGCCAACCGACUUUUUCUUCUCGGAUCUUGAUCUCUUACAAAAAACCUCUUAUUCCAUAAAUUUUUAAAUCCAUUAAAUUCUGUAUGUACAUUCUUAAAUCUUCCAUACAUUUUUUGAUCCACUAAAAUGCAUUUUCCAAACAAC